GCGCCUCUCUCUCUCUCUCUCUCUCUCUUUUGGCUUCAUCGGGAAGCCGGGAAGCGACCUAACCCAAGCAAAAAACCAGACCCGGCCCAUCUUGUCCCAACCUGGAGGCAGGCAGCGUCUUGCGGCCCGGCCCCGACCCAAAAAGGCAGCGCGGCCGAAGGGUGGGCGUUGUGGAGUGGGGGGAAAGCCCCGCGCGGAUGUCUGGAGCCCGGAAAAGUGGGGAGGGGUUUUCCCCCAGGAAUGCCAUGCCCGGCAAGAAGCGAGCCCCGCUGAGCUGAGCAAGGCAGGAGGCGGGAUGCAUGGAUGGGGAGUGGGUGGGUGGGGGUCGUCGGCCGCGGAAAAGCCCUUGAAGAGGGAGCGUGACGUCACAUCCCCUUGACCCUCCAAUCACCUCGGGCUCCCAUUUGAUUGGAAGGCGGCAAAGGCUUUAAUCUCCCGACUAAUUCAGCUUGCUCGGGAAGCCACUUUCUCUGCCAGAGCCGAGGCUGGUGGGGCAGCGGCUGGCUGGCUGGCAGGAGAGCGGCUUGGGCGGAGAGGAGGAGGAGGAGAAGGAGAAGAAGAAGAAGAAGAAGCAAGAGACCGAAGGAAGGAAGGAAGAAAAGGAGGAGAGAGAGAAGGGCCGGGCAGAGAGGGGGGUGAACGGCAGAGGAGACAAGCCCGGGCUCUUCUCCCUCCCCCCACAUCCCCUCCUUCUUCCCCCGGGGGGGGACACAACCCUCCCCCCUCCUCCCCAAAAAAGCACGGAUUUAUUUCUCCAGCGGUUGAAACCUCGGACUUUCCCUUUUGCCCGAAUUUGAAGAAGAAGGGAAAAAAAGCAAAGACUGAAAAAAACAGAGAAAGAAAGAAAAAGACUGGGGAAAAAAAAAGAAAAGAAGAGGAAAAACCUUCGGAGUAAUCUGCGGCGGCGGCGGCUGUUUCUGCUGCUGCUGCUGCUGCUCCCGGUUUUUGCAAAGGGGGCGGAAUCUUCCUCCCUGUCGUCCCCCCCCCCUCCCACUCCUCGGUCCCCGAAGUCGCCAUUGGAAGCUGCAGACGCCCCGUUUCGGUUCCUGAGCAGCGCGUUCCCGGCGCCCCCCCUCUCCCCCUCCCCCCCGCGCGUUUUCAUGCGAGCCUUUGGGUCAUGAUUACAGCCCCCGCGCUUUCUGCCGUAAGAAGUAGUCCGCGCGGAGGCGGAGGCGCAGGAGGAGGCGCGCCAGAGCUGGGAAACGGCGGCGGCGUUGGUGCUGAGAUCCCUUGGCAGAGCAGGCUUGCUGGGAACCUUAUCGGCGGCGGUAGCGGCAGCAAAGCUUUCUUCCACGCCAUCCCCCCUUCGGACCCUUUGCGCCAAGCCAACCGUUUGCCCAUCAAAGUCUUGAAAAUGCUCACGGCACGGACCGGACACAUUUUGCAUCCCGAAUAUCUCCAGCCGUUGCCUUCCACGCCGGUCAGCCCGAUCGAGCUGGACGCCAAGAAGAGCCCGCUGGCUCUCCUCGCGCAGACCUGCUCCCAGAUCGGCAAGCCGGACCCCUCGCCUUCUUCCAAGCUCUCCAGCGUCACGUCCAGCGGCGGCGACAAGGAGGCGUCCAAGGGGGGCCCCUUGAAGCUCAGCGACAUCGGCGCCGAGGACAAGUCCAGCUUCAAGCCUUACUCCAAGCCCGGCGCGGAUAAGAAGGACUCGUCGGCCGUCGGAGGCUCCGGAGCCACCUCAGGAGGGAGCUCGGGCGGUGGCGGCGGCGAGAAAACGGGAUUCCGGGUGCCGAGCGCCACCUGUCCGCCGUUCACGCCAAGGACAGGCAGCCCCAGUUCCAGCGCCUCGGCCUGCUCGCCCGGCCUGCUGCCCGGAGGGGAGAGCAAGGGCGGCGGCGGCGGGAACAGCGGCGGUGGCUCCGAGGCCGAGAAGAAGGAAGCGUCGGAGAGCUGCGGCAAGAGCGCUUCCGACGGCUCCGGCCGCCUGUCUUCCAGCGGCGGCGGCCUCUCAGCCGAGCUGAGCCAAAGCCACGAGGGCGCCAAGGGGCUGCUGGCGGGCGUCGCUUCGGCCGCCUCUUGCUCGACGGCGGACUCGUCCUGCAGCGCCGUCCCGUCGUCGGUGGCCGCCGCCGUGCUGAGUUCGGCCGGUUUGGUGGCGCCCGUCUCCCCUUACAAGCCGGGCCAGACUGUUUUCCCGCUGCCGCCGGCCGGCAUGAGCUACCCGGGCUCGUUGGCCGGGGCGUACGCCGGCUACCCACCGCAGUUCCUGCCGCCGGGCGUGGCGCUUGACCCUAGCAAGGCCGGCAGCUUGGGGGGCGGCGGCGGGAGCGGCGGCAAAGCGGCCGGCUCCAGCCCUCUGGCCGGCGCCUCGCCGCCGUCGGUGAUGACGGCCAGCCUGUGCCGCGAUCCUUACUGCCUGAGCUACCACUGCGCCAGCCAUCUGGCCGCCGGCACCUCCUGCGCCCACGAGCAAGCCCUCAAGGCCGGCGGCUACCCGCUGGUUUACCCAGGGCCGCCUCUGCACGCCGGCCCGCCGUCGCUGGCCGGCCACCCGCUUUACCCGUACGGCUUCCUGGUGCCCAACGACCCCCAGCCGCACAGCUGCAACUGGGUCUCGGCCAACGGGCCCUGCGACAAACGCUUCGCCACCUCGGAGGAGCUGCUCAGCCACCUGCGGACUCACACGGCUUUCUCCGGCCCGGCCGAGAAACUGCUCUCCGGUUACCCGAGCUCCAGCUCGCUGGCCGCCGCCGCCGCAGCGGCCAUGGCUUGCCAUAUGCACGUCCCCACCUCGGCGGCCGGUGGCCCGGGCAGCCCCGGCGCGCUGGCCUUGCGCAGUCCGCACCACGCCUUGGGACUCAGCAGCCGCUACCACCCUUACUCCAAGAGCCCCUUGCCCACCCCCGGAGCCCCCGUCCCGGUCCCGGCCGCCACUGGACCCUAUUACUCCCCUUACGCACUCUAUGGGCAAAGACUGACGACAGCUUCUGCGCUGGGAUACCAGUGAGUUUUUCCCCCGGUGAGGGGCAGGGGUGUGUGGCCGCCUGAGGCUGGGGUUUUGUUUUUGUUUUUGGUGAUCCUUUGGGGGGCGUCGGGGGUGGGUGGGUGGAUUUGAAGCGGGGAGAGGGAAGGAAAAGACGGCCCAACGUCCCUUGGAAAGUUUCUUAAGAAUGGAUGACCAGACAAAAUUGGACGUUUUUUAAAUAAAUAUAUAUAUAAAGAUAGUGUUCAUCUUAAGGACUGGAUCCAUGGGCACUGUAUUUAUUUAUGUUAGCUUCAAGCGGGACGAUGAAUCCAUUAAAAAAAAGUGCAUUACCUAAUUUCAGCUCGAUAGGCUUCAAGAAAAAACAACAAAACAAAACAAAGUGGAAACACCCUUUGUAGAAUAUAAAUCAAUAAAAAGAAAACGAGAAA